CCUACCCUGCACGUGUUCUGUACAUACACAUACAUACUAUGUAUGUGUACAUGUGCCUGCUCCCACCGGUCAUCUCCUGCCCUUGCACCUCUCUUCCAUUGGCAGCCCAGGCCGUCAUCACGCUGCUCUUCAUGCACACACCCUGCGCCUCCCACACGAACCACCUUGUUCGCAAAACAAACCAGCAAGCCGGCAUUCGCCCAUGUACACCGACAUUUGUAUUCGUGA